AUGAUGCAGAGCGCAGCUGUCCCCGCGGAGGGGGCUGUCAAGGGGCUCCCGGAGAUGCUUGGUGUGCCGAUGCAACAGAUCCCUCAGUGCGCCGGCUGCAACCAGCACAUCCUGGACAAGUUCAUCCUGAAGGUCCUGGACAGACACUGGCACAGCUCUUGCCUCAAGUGUGCGGACUGCCAGAUGCAGCUCGCCGACAGGUGUUUCUCCAGGGCCGGGAGCGUCUACUGCAAGGAAGACUUCUUCAAGCGCUUCGGCACAAAAUGCACAGCCUGCCAGCAGGGCAUCCCCCCGACCCAGGUGGUGCGCAAGGCGCAGGACUUCGUCUACCACCUGCACUGCUUUGCCUGCAUCAUCUGCAACCGGCAGCUGGCCACGGGGGACGAGUUCUACCUCAUGGAGGACGGGCGGCUGGUGUGCAAGGAGGACUACGAGACGGCCAAGCAGAACGAUGACUCCGAGGCUGGAGCCAAGCGGCCCAGAACCACCAUCACAGCGAAGCAGCUGGAGACGUUAAAGAACGCCUACAAGAACUCCCCCAAGCCUGCCCGGCACGUGAGGGAGCAGCUCUCCUCGGAGACCGGCCUGGACAUGAGGGUCGUACAGGUUUGGUUUCAGAACCGAAGGGCCAAGGAGAAGCGCCUGAAGAAGGACGCGGGGCGGCAUCGCUGGGGGCAGUUCUAUAAGAGCGUCAAGCGGAGCCGGGGCGGCAGCAAGCAGGAGAAGGAGAGCUCUGCAGAGGACUGUGGGGUUAGUGACAGUGAGCUGAGCUUCCGAGAGGAUCAAAUUCUCUCAGAACUUGGCCACACCAAUAGGAUUUAUGGCAACGUGGGGGACGUUUCAGGCGGACAGUUAAUGAAUGGGAGCUUCUCCAUGGACGGGACAGGACAAUCCUAUCAGGACUUGAGGGAUGGGAGCCCCUAUGGAAUCCCCCAGUCUCCCUCCUCCAUAUCGUCCCUGCCAUCCCACGCUCCUUUGCUCAAUGGGCUGGAUUACACGGUGGACAGUAAUUUGGGCAUCAUUGGGCAUGCAGGGCAGGGAGUGAGCCAGACGCUGAGAGCCAUGGCUGGGGGACCCACCUCUGACAUCUCCACAGGAAGCAGUGUAGGCUAUCCCGACUUCCCAACGAGCCCAGCCUCUUGGCUCGAUGAAAUGGAUCAUCCUCCUUUUUAA